AUGGGACCAUGCGGACCAUGCAGACCAUGGGACCAUGGGACCAUGCAGACCAUGGGACCAUGCAGACCAUGGGACCAUGGGACCAUGCAGACCAUGGGACCAUGCGGACCAUGGGACCAUGCAGACCAUGCGGACAAUGGGACCAUGCAGACCAUGCGGACCAUGGGACCAUGCAGACCAUGCGGACCAUGGGACCAUGCAGACCAUGCGGACCAUGGGACCAUGCAGACCAUGCGGACCAUGGGACCAUGCAGACCAUGCGGACCAUGGGACCAUGCAGACCAUGCGGACCAUGGGACCAUGCAGACCAUGCGGACCAUGGGACCAUGCAGACCAUGCGGACUGGUGUAA